GUUUCAGUCCUGAUUUCAGUGUUGCAGAACAAGCUUGUUGUGUGUGUGCACCAGGGGGAUUUUUGUUUUCUUUUUUUUUUUAUGUUAAUUUUUGCUUUUACAAAAAAUACACAGGACGGUCUGUGACAUUUGAUGGUCCAUCUUCUUUAAUAAUAAAUUUGUUGAAGAGAUUAUAAUUUCCAAAAUAAAGCGGCUGCAACCAAACACAUUCAAUGCAGUUAGAAGGAAAAGGUCAACUCGAUCCAAUACAGACCGAAAAGGUGGACCGGGACUAAAGGGUGUAAAAUCCCUGGACACAUUCCUGGGGCAGGAAAAAGAAGAGGAAGAUUAGAAGAUUUUUUUUUUUUUUUUUUUUUUAAGAGAAAGCCCAGCGGAGCUAAACGGAUGUCCCCUCAUCUCCAAAGGAAAGUUCAUCGGAUUUUUAUACUAGAGAGCUCAUCUUCAGGAUGUCAGUGAACAUUUCUACUGCAGGAAAAGGUGUGGAUCCAAAUACGGUUGAUACUUAUGACAGUGGUGAUGAUUGGGAAAUCGGGGUUGGAAAUUUAAUAAUCGAUUUGGACGCUGAUUUGGAGAAGGACAGACAGAAAUUUGAGAUGAAUAAUUCCACCAACACGCCUAGCAGCAGCAACUCGAAGGAUUGCGGAGGUCUGGCCUCCAGCGGGGCCGGUGCUACCGCAGCCUUAGCUGAUGGCCUAAAAUUUGCUUCUGUUCAGCCUUCUGCUCCCCAGGGGAAUUCACACAAAGAGACCAGCAAAUCAAAAGUGAAAAGGAGUAAAACUUCUAAGGAUGCUAAUAAAUCUCUGCCUUCUGCUGCCUUGUAUGGGAUUCCCGAGAUCAGCAGCACUGGCAAGAGGCAGGAAGUCCAAGGGCGCCCUGGAGAGGCAACUGGCAUGAAUUCAGCGCUGGGUCAAAGUGUGAGCAGCGGCGGCGUCAGCAACCCAAACGGCAAUAGUACCGGCACCGGCACCUCCGCGGCCACCGCGGGGGCGGCCUCCUGUGGGAAAAGCAAAGAGGAGAAGGCAGGUAAAAGCCAGAGCAGCCGAGGUGCCAAGCGGGAUAAGGAUGCGGGGAAAUCCAGGAAGGACAAGCACGACCUGCUUCAGGGCCACCAGAAUGGCGGUGGCGGCCAGGCCCCUUCCGGGGGGCACCUCUAUGGCUUUGGGGCCAAGAGCAAUGGAGGUGGCGCGAGCCCCUUCCACUGCGGGGGCGCUGGGAGUGGCAGCGGCGCGGCUGCAGGGGAAGUUAGCAAAAGUGCCCCGGAUUCAGGGCUCAUGGGAAACUCUAUGUUGUUAAAGAAGGAAGAGGAGGAGGAGGAGAGCCACAGGCGAAUCAAGAAACUGAAAACCGAGAAGGUUGACCCCCUGUUUACAGUGCCAGCACCACCACCGCCGAUUUCCAGCAGCCUCACGCCUCAGAUUCUGCCCUCCUACUUUUCCCCAUCUUCAUCCAAUAUUGCAGCACCGGUUGAACAGCUUUUGGUUCGGACUCGUUCCGUGGGUGUCAAUACAUGUGAAGUUGGAGUAGUGACAGAGCCAGAGUGUCUUGGGCCCUGUGAACCUGGGACCAGUGUGAAUUUGGAAGGGAUCGUGUGGCAUGAAACAGAAGAAGGUGUUCUAGUGGUCAAUGUCACGUGGAGGAACAAAACUUACGUAGGGACCCUCCUGGACUGCACCAAGCACGACUGGGCCCCUCCCAGGUUCUGCGAGUCACCGACAAGCGACCUGGAGAUGAGAGGGGGCCGGGGCCGAGGGAAGAGAGCGAGGUCUGCCGCGGCGGCUCCGGGCUCAGAGGCCAGCUUCACGGAGUCCAGAGGGCUGCAGAACAAGAACAGAGGGGGGGCCAAUGGGAAAGGGAGGCGGGGCAGCCUCAACGCCAGCGGGCGAAGGACACCCCCAAAUUGUGCUGCUGAGGACAUCAAGGCCAGCCCCUCCUCCACCAACAAGAGGAAAAACAAGCCCCCGAUGGAGCUGGACCUGAAUUCCAGCUCCGAGGACAAUAAGCCGGGGAAGCGCGUCCGCACCAACUCCAGAAGCACUCCGACCACUCCUCAAGGGAAACCAGAGGCGACUUUUUUGGACCAGGGCUGCUCCUCGCCAGUGCUGAUCGACUGCCCCCACCCAAACUGCAACAAAAAGUACAAGCACAUUAACGGCCUGAGGUACCACCAGGCCCACGCGCACCUAGACCCGGAGAACAAGCUGGAGUUCGAGCCCGACAGCGAGGACAAGAUCUCGGACUGCGAGGAGGCGCUGAGUCACGUGGCGCUCGAAUGCAGCGAGCCCAGCGCCAGUCUGGCGGCCUACGACCAGGUGAAGGCGCCGGUGUCGCCCGGCCCCGGGCACCCCCCUGGCACCCCCAAGGGGAAGAGAGAGCUGAUGAGCAACGGUCCGGGCUCUGUCGUCGGGCCGAAAGCGGGGAAGAGUUCUGGCAAGAAGAAGGGCCUUCACGGCGAGCCGAACAACCUCCCGGUCAUCUCCAACAUGACGGCCGCCCUAGACGCUUGCUCCGCGGCAGAUGGCAGCUUGGCUUCCGAGAUGCCCAAACUGGAAGCAGAAGGGCUCAUCGACAAGAAGAACGCGGGAGAGAAGGAAAAGGGCAAGAAAGCCAACAACUGCAAAAUGGACAAGAACCUCUCCAAGCUGAAAACCGCGCGGCCCAUCGCCCCCGCCCCGGCCCCCACCCCGCCGCAGCUCAUCGCCAUACCCACCGCGGCCUUCACGAGCACCACCACGGGCACCAUCCCCGGACUGCCCUCCCUCACGACCACCGUGGUGCAGGCCACACCAAAGAGUCCUCCGUUGAAACCCAUCCAGCCAAAGCCCACCAUCAUGGGGGAGCCCGUCACCGUGAACCCAGCUCUCGUGUCCCUCAAAGACAAAAAGAAGAAGGAGAAGCGGAAGCUUAAGGACAAAGACGGGAAGGAGUCGGGGAGCCCGAAAAUGGAUGCCAAGCUGGGCAAACUUGAGGACGCCAAGGGGGCCGGCAAAGACUUAUCGGGGCAUUUUUUAAAGGACCAUCUCAACAAGAGUGAAGGGCUGGCCAACGGACUCUCAGAGUCUCAGGAGAGCCGGAUGGCCAGCAUCAAAGCCGAGGCCGACAAGGUUUACACUUUCACGGACAACGCGCCCAGCCCUUCCAUCGGCAGCGCCUCGAGGAUGGAGUGCAACCCGCUGGUGAACGGGCAGGCGCCCAUGGCCCCGCUGCACGUGCUGACGCAGAACGGGGCCGAGACCGCGGCCAAGACCAGCAGCCCCGCCUAUUCGGACAUCUCGGACGCCGCCGACGACGGGGGGUCCGACAGCCGGUCGGAGGGCGUGAGGUCCAAGGCCGGUUCCCCGUCGGACAUCAUUUCCAGUAAGGAGGGCGUCGUCAAAGGGCAUCCUGCAGCUACAGCACAGUCCUCUCAGCUGAAAGAGUCCCAUUCUCCCUAUUACCAUGGCUACGAUCCUUACUAUUCUCCAAGUUACAUGCACCCUGGGCAGGUGGGAGCCCCUGCGGCCGGGAACGGCGGGAGCACGCAGGCGAUGAAGAUCAAGAAGGAGUCCGAGGAGGAGGCCGAGAGGAAAGACAAGGCAGAGCAGCUGGAUGCCAAGAAGGCGGACCACAACCCGGCGCCCUUACAGCCUCAGCACCAGUCGGUGAUCACGCAGAGACACCCGGCGCUGGCGCAGUCGCUUUACUACGGCCAGUACGCCUACGGGCUCUAUAUGGACCAGAAGUCCCUGAUGGCCACCAGCCCUGCCUACAGACAGCAGUAUGAGAAGUACUAUGAGGACCAGAGGCUGGCAGAGCAGAAAAUGGCCCAGGCUGGCCGAGGAGAGUGCGACAGGAAAAGCGAGCUCCCCUUGAAGGAGCCGGGCAAGGAGGACAGUAAACAGAAAAGCCCGCCGUCUGCCACAAUCUCAAAAGCUCCCUCUACCCCAGAGCCUAACAAAACCCAUUCUAAACUAGGGCCGCCCGUGCCUAAUAAAACUGAGGACACAGGUAAAUCACAGCUUCUCCCCGGCCACCAGCAGCAGCUUCAGGCCGACAGCUUCAAAGCUAAGCAGAUGGAAAACCACCAGCUUAUUAAGGAGGCUGUAGAAAUGAAAUCUGUCAUGGACUCUAUGAAGCAGACAGGUGUAGACCCAGCCUCGAGAUUUAAACAAGUAAGAUUGUGGAGCGUGGCCCCCCCCACAGGGAGACAGCGAGUCUGACCCUUGGACAUGUCUGGGCUCGAUCUGGUUAGCCUUCUUCCCAGGAAAUAAGCCAAGGGUUCCUUAGGGUUGGUCCCUUCCCCUCCUGAAACGUAUUCGCAAAGAUCCUCUCACGAGCCACUGUGUGCCUCUCCAGUGUGCCUAACUCACCCUUGCCUUGGCUUGUGUAUGUAGCCAAAGGAACUUCGCACCUGUGCGCCGCAGACCCGUGUUCCGUGCUGGUCACUCGCUGUGAACCUGACGAGGUCCCUCGCUUUCUUACUGAGCCCAGACCGAGGGAAUCCUUCCACCUGGCCGCUGAGAUCCUGAGUCUGAUCUCUACCGCGUGUGUUCUUUCUCGUGUCCAAAUUUCUCCCGGCAGCCUCGAGGAGCGUAAGGCCGGGGCCUUAAGCCCACAUUCCCCACUGGGCUCUGUCCUACCACUUGGGGCCCAGAUGUCUUUCACACGGUGUCUGAGAGGCCUAGGGGUUAAGAGCCCCAAAGCGGGGCUCCGUGCCGAUCGCCUGUGAGGAGAACAGGGGGGUCUGGGUGCGUGGGCCUCCCGCAGCCAUCCCGGAAGCCCCUGCUCGGCCAGCCUGAGGCUCCCUGUGCAGACACCUGAAAAUCGGCCACCGCGAAAUCACACGUGUGCUCGCACUUUCUGUCACCGCGCACACAUCCUGACUCACUGCGGUCCCGCGAGAGUUAACGCUGGGGUUUCCCGGCCUCCCGACCCCCCUCUCCACUCCCACGCUUUCACCCCUGGUGAAUCAGAGCACCAGAAUCCUUUCUUGACGCUCAUCUCUGCCCACAGGUUGAGGCUUAGGCCCAAGGUUGAAUGAAUGUUCUCUCUCAGGACUUAAAUACCCAGGGGGUUUUUGUCGUGAAUGGGAUGGGGGUC